UGGUCUGCCGCUUGGUCUCCACACACACACACAAUCCUGUCUGCUGAGGAGAAUUCACUCGAUGAAUGAGCGCGACGAGAUGCACACGCACAAAAUGAGAGUGUGAUGUAGAAGAUAAACUUACUGGGGAUAUUUAUCAAUAAGUUUAAUUAAACGAUUUGUUAUAGGUUCACGUCAAGCCUGCCAAGAUGAUGAAGGAAUGCCUGCAGUUUCUCAUUGAGCCGGCCAAGAAGCUUAAGAUCUGUCUGAAGGAAACCCGGAAGAAGGUUAAACAUGUAAAAAAGGAGCCUUUAACCGAGAGUCAACUGUUUAUCAUGGAGCUGGCGCGGGAGCUUAACAGGCUCUGUCGGAGAUCAGACAUUCUUGCUCACAUCUGGAUGGGAGAGGACGUAUGGCCUCCACACACCUGUCGAAAGUUCAUUGUGGAAACCGCCAAUAUUCUGGGGAUGAAGGAGAAGCCCAUGCAGGUUUAUGCUGAUGUAUAUCCAGAAAAGCGGGACUGGAAGGCUCUGUUACUUAGUAUGCUUGAACAGGGAGGAGAAUAUGACAUGGGUCCCUUCAAAAGGUUCAUUAUGGACUGGACCAGAGAUCAGCGCAGCAGGCAUCCGCAUGGUGUCUGGCCAGGUGAAGCCGUGUUGAUGAUGUUAGAUGAUGUGGAGUUGCAGUGGAAGAGAGGUCAUCUGUCACACCUACAGUCUGCUGUGGAACUGCUCAUAUAUGUCCUGCUUGGUGAACACCUGGAUAAGGAACUAAUACCAAGAAACUGGCUGGCACAGAAACAAAAGACCCAGAAGAUCGGUUGCAUUGACUACAUUCCACACAGAGCAUGGAACUGGAUAUGUGAUGCUGCCGUGGAAGUAAUCCUCGACUCCGACACGGCCAACCCCGCCCUCGUGCUGUCCGAGGACCACAAGCGAAUGCAUUGCGGUCUGGAGCGCCGUGAGGUUUCCAGCAGUCUGCGUCGCUUUGACGGUUGGUGGUGCUGUCUGGCCUCGGAGGGCUUCUCGUCAGGACGCCAUUAUUGGGAGGUGGAAGUGGGUGACCGCGACUGGCGUCUCGGGGUGGCCGAAGAGUCGGCCCUCCGCAAAGGCUACAGACCACUCAACGCUCAGAGCGGAUAUCACACGCUCAGGCUGGAGAGAGGCACGGAGUUCAAAGCCCUGACCGUCCCGGCUACCUCUUUACCCCUAUCACUCGUUCCACAAAGGGUGGGGAUCUACUUAGACUUCGAAGAGGGCCAGCUGUCCUUCUACGACACCGAGAAGCGAUCGCACAUCUACACGUACAGCGAGAAGUUCACGGAGAAACUCUACCCAGUGUUCGGGACAGUAGAGAUGGCGCGAGAGCUGGUGAUCAGACGUGCGAGCGUAAGGGAACCGUGUCUGUGUAAAGGGCCGUGUCUGUUCUGUUAAAGUACGUGAUAUAUCUCUCUAAUCCUCAUAUACAGAUAUUUCUCUAUGCUUACAAAGAAUGAAGUACUUCAGGGCUGGGGUACAUUAUAUUUUUUGGAAUAAUUAAAGAUUUUGUGAUGAUUAACCAAGGGCUUGUUCACCCGUAGAGACUCAUGCAUGAAUGCUGGGCAUGCUGCAGUCAAAACAUUGGAAGGGAGCCAUAUACCGGUACGCUAGUUUGAUGGAGUUGCACUUUCUAUAUUGAGACAGGAUCAAAGGUAUUGUCACAUUAAUAAAAUUAUGCAUUAGU